AUGUCAACUCCAAAGAGAAAAACCGCGGCCAAAUUGGCUACCCCCAUCGUCAAGCCGGAUGCGAGACGGGCCACUAAAAACACAAUUGACGAGUCCAGAACAACCGUGGCCGGAACGGAUGCCCUGCGGAGCUCCCAGGUCGAGACGAUAGAGAUCUCUUCCGAUGCCGACAGCGACGAGGACAUGUCCGACGUCGACGACGUGAACAACGAGGCUGAGCAGAACCCAGAGUCAAAGCCCUUGGCCAAUGGCCACCAGAAGCCCAAAAAGGACGACGCAGACGACGCCGAAUCAGACGCCGAGGGGACGUCGCCCUCGUUUGGCGAGCUGCUGCGAGGCAGUGAGGCUAUCGACGUCACCGCCAUGCUGCAGCAGUCGUCUACAGACACCAACGCCGUUGUCCAGGCGUCGCGCAAUGCCAUUGCUCCUCCCACCCACCAGUCCCUCACCACCGUCCUCACCCAAGCCCUGAAAACCGACGACACAGACCUCCUCGAGUCCUGCCUGCACACGACCGACAUCCCCACCAUCCGAAACACAAUCGAGCGCAUCGACAGCUCCCUCGCCGGCAUCCUGCUCAACAAGCUGGCCGCCCGGCUACACAGACGGCCUGGCCGCGCCGGCACCCUCAUGACUUGGGUGCAGUGGACGCUGGUUGCUCACGGCGGCGCCCUGGCAGCGCAGCCCAAGCUCCUGCACGACCUCAACAGCCUGCAAAAGGUGCUGGCCGAGCGAGCAAAGGGCCUCAACAGCUUGCUCGCCCUCAAGGGCAAGCUGGACAUUCUCGAAGGCCAGAUGGAGCUGCGGAGGAAGAUGCAGAGGAGCGCCGGCCUCCUCGGCGACGGCGACGACGACGCUGACGAGGAGGAUGUCAUCUACGUCGAGGGCGAGGAGCGCGACGCCGAGCAGAAGGAUCUCGCCAACGGAGUGCGCUCCCGGAGAAAAGGCAAGGGUGGCGCCGACAUUGACGAGGCCGACGAUGACGAGGAACGUGUUCUGAAUGGCUUCAUCGGUGAUUCGGAAGACGAGGAAGAGGGCUCCGAGCAGGGCGAGGAAGAGAGCGACGACGGCGAGGAGCCCCUGGAUGAGGACGAGGUCAACUACGACGACGUGGAUGAGUCCAUGGGCGAGGACGAGGAGAGCGACGUCGAGGUUGCGCCGCCGACAAAGAUGCAGAAGGUAUCAAAGGGCCUUGGGAAGAAGAAAUGA